UGCCGUGUAUGUGCCGAGGUAAGUACAUUGUCACGUUCGGUAUGAUGACCCUAUAUCUCAAAUCAUUGUUUUGGAAAGGUUUAGCAGAUACUAACAUUUCAUCUUGUCUUCCUCGGAGUUGAAAUAGAUUUAAUGUUUAUUUUUUUAAGACAGUGGUCUUUUUCUUUUUUUGAGCGAAGAGAAAAGCUUUUACCCCAUAGCUCCAACGAAGGCUGAAGUGACAACCGAAACUGUCACCUAGUAAAGGCCAAGCCAGCCUGAAGUUUCAUUAAUCCACACUGAGAGCAGCCACGCGAGUUUAUUUCCACACCUCUGGGAGUCAGGGCCGCGCGGCUUUUUGAACUCAAAGCGAUGGAGACGAUCGUCUUGUUGUUUUCGUUUACCGCCCUCAGCAUUCUGUACUGCAUGAACGCGAUUCCUGCACUCCAAGAACCAUAUGUGAUCCUGGUGAUUGGCAUUGCCGUACUGGUUCUGGUCUUCAUUUUCUACCUCGUUAUCACUCGCGGUAACCCGCCCAGAGACGCCCUCUUCUUUGUUUUUGCAGAAUUUUCCUUCACGUGCGUUAUUGACUUGACCAGCGCCUUGGAGUAUGAUGGCUUCAUCUCCGGCUUUAUGGAGUUCUAUCGAAAGACAGGUGAGCCUUACCUGGGCACGGCCUACGCCAUCAUGAUGUGUUACUGGGACGGUGUAGCUCAUUUUAUCAUGUACCUCGUCAUGAUAGGCAAGAUUAUGAACAGAAAAGGCUACCGCACACUGGGCCUGUUCUGGGCUGGCUCCCUGUGCGCCAACAUGAGCGUGUUCAUCACCGGCAUCGUGACAGGGAAAUACGGCACCGAGAUCCGUCCGGCCUUCUGGCUAAACUUCCUCUUUCUGGCAAUGCCUGCGUGGGGAGCAGUCACGCUGUUCGCUCGGCCCAAGGACAGGCCACUGAUUGGUGGAUAUAAUGCUCAGCAGGCUCAGAGCAUGAAGCUCAUCUGGCGUCCGCUGGAUCUGAUGCUGGUGCUUCUCCUGCUCGCCGCCAUGGCCUUCACGAUCCUGCGAGGCCUGGUGGCGCUGGAUUCCCCACUGGGAGCAUGUUCCUUGUACGUCAAAUAUUACGAGCCCUACUUGCGGGAUCCGGUGGGCUACCCCAGAGUGAUGAUGCUGCACAUGUUCUUCUACGGACUACCGCUGCUGGCAGCAUUUGUUUAUGGUCUCUUUAAGCCAGGCUGCACGUGGAUGCCUGACUGGAGCGUUUUCUUUUCGGGAGCAAUGAUCCAGUGCCAGUGGGCUCACAUUGGGGGCUCCCUCCAUCCUCACACAAAAACUCCAUAUCGCAUUCAGAGUGAUGUAUUCUGGCCUGUGCUGGCGGCCAAUUUGCUCUAUGCCGUCACUCCUCUUCUGGUAGUUUUGCGUGUGCGCAGUAACCCCUAUUUUUUCCUGAGGGUCGCCCCCUUCCCUGGGCAAACGGGCCUGCCAAACAGCGAGGAGAAAGACACCAAGUACAAAAACAAAUAGUUAUAAUGCGGGAUGACUUGACUUGAAUACCAAAAUAAAUGAUUUACCAACA